AUGUCAAUACAAUAUUUUCGAACUUUCUUGACGUUAGGUACAGUCUAUCGAAAGAAUACUGAAGAUAAGAAAAACCUACAUCAACAAGAACAACGUACUUUCACCGAUACGUCGAAAGAGAAACAACAAGAAUUUUCAGAAAACUUCCGAAAUUGUAACAAAAAAUCAUUGGACAACUCAAUUACCAAUAGUUCGAAAAAAUCUGUCGAGGAAGAAAACUUUUUGAAAGGAUAUGCGAUUGCUAUGUCUCAGAGCAUUCAGAGUUCUGUUAAUUAUGUUGAAACUAAUUCUUGGUCUGCUGCUACAACACCGACAACAAUGUUUGUUACGGAACGACCAAAACCGUCUAAUAAUUUCUAUAAUGUUCCAACUUUGCACAACAGUCAAUUGAAAUUUGCUAAUAUACUUCCAAGACCAUCACCAAAAAAUUCUUUAAUAUUUGUAAGAACUACGGACGCUAAAACUUCGCAUUGUUGCUCAACAUCGUCUAAUCAAAUAUAUAAACCAUUCUCUAACGAGAUUAAUACAAAUAAAUUAACGGAUACCAUAGAUAACGAGGCAUUGAUGGAAGUCAAUACAAUUUAUAAAACUCUUAUACCAAAAGAAAAUUCUUUUUCGAGUUGCGAAAAUGCUGCAUGCAAUGUUAGUCAUUUCUGUAGAAAGGGAACGAUAAGUUAUGCUAACAAGCCACAGCAAAAUAUCGUUAUGACCAAAUGUCUCUUUACUGCUAGACAAGAGAAACGAGACAAUAUACAGGAUAAUCAAAAUAUUCCAAAUGUGAAAAAGAAUUUAAACGAUAGAUCGGCACUAGAAAUAACAAUGAGAGAAAAUAAAGAUAAAUCUUGUACAACUACUAACAACAAUAACAUUGAAAAUUGGUCUACAAACGAGACAUCGGAAAUUGCAAAAAUUCUUUCUGAAUAUAAUAGAAGUAUAACAAGGAAGUCAACUAUACCGGGAGAGAACUGUAAUAUUCCUUUAAAAAUUCAAAAACCUAACAUAUUACGUAACAAUUCGAAAAAUUUGAAAGAAACUAUAUGGAGCAAAGAGGAAGGAAGAAUAGAUAUUAAUUCAAGAGGAAAUUUCACAGAGAGACAAGCUAGUAUUAGAUUGCCUCACGGCAAAUGGAGAAGAUUUCACUUCACCGUGGAAAAGAUCAAAGAUUCGUUAGAUGCCACUGAUCGUACGCAAUCAACAUUUAACGAACAUCAACAGGCAACAUUACAAAAUGCUAGAAUCAGUACGAAUAAUAUUAAUGCUAAUAAUUAUACUCCUCGUCGAGAAAACAGAAGGAAAUCUCAGCUUCAUUACAGAAGUUAUGAGAUGUUGCCUCGCGAAGAAAUUUCUAAUCUAACAAAUUCUAUAAAAAAAGAAUGUAACACAACAAAAAUGGAGAAUUCAACGAAAACACAAUCUUUGCAAGAAUUGUUAGAAAGUACAGCUGUUUUAUAUUGUGCUACAGCUAGUGGUACUCAUCAAGGAGGUCUAAAUAGUUACGUUGAUACCACCAAUAAAUCUGUCCAAUGGUUGGAUUCGUGGAAUAACAAAAUUGUUUAA